GUCUCCUGAGGGGUUGGCAGAACUGAACACUGCCAUUGCCUGGGCUGAAGCUUUCUCCCUGCCAGGCUCAGUUCCGUGCCAGCAUGGAUUAUGCCAAGUCCUUGAGCCUGCGCCUGGCUGCGCCUGUUUCCAAAUGUGUCUCCGCCAGUGCCUCUAUGACCCAGCAGCUGCUCCUCUCCAGCCCGGCCCCACGGCCCCGACCCUUCCGUGUCUGCAACUGCGACCGCAGCCUGCGCAAAGGCAUCAUGGCACACAGCCUGGCCGAGCUGCUGCACCAGGUCCGGAGCACCCUGCUGGUCCCUGACCCCAUCACGCUGGUCCUGGAUGAGGACGGCACUGUGGUGGAAACAGAAGCUUUCUUCUGCACGCUGGAGGAGGGCACAGUGCUGAUGGCCCUGGGCAAGGGGCAGUCGUGGUCUGCCUGCAAGGCACCUGGCUACCAGCUGAGCCUGUCCCACAAGCCAUCCCGCCGCAUCGAUGUCGCCUGUGUCACUUUUGACCUGUACAAGACCAAUCCGCAGGACCUGGGCUGCCUCAAUGUCAAAGCCACGCUCUAUGGCACCUACAGCAUGUCCUACGACCUGCGCUGCUACGGGGCCAAGAGGCUCAUGAAGGAAGCACUGCGCUGGAUGCUCUUCAGCAUGCAGGCCACGGGGCACGUGCUGCUGGGCACCUCCUGCUACAUGCAGCAGCUGCUGGAUGCCACCGAGGAGCCCAAGGAAGAGAGCUGUGUGCAGCUGCCCCACGUCCUGCCCCACAGCCUCCCCCUGCUGCCCCCCAGCAAGAUGCUGCAGUGAGGAGAUAGGGCAUGUCCUUUCCUGGGGGUCCCAGAGCCCCUCCCUAGGUCAGUACCCAGAGCUCUCCCUGCAUGCUGCUGGCUGGAUGCAGCCUCCUCUGUGAUGCCUGCUGCUUUGUAAAUAUAUUUAUUUAAGUAAAGCUGUGCUUCUUGCAAGUCUGCUCUGUGUCCUUUCCCCUCUCUGGCUGGGUUUGGGGUGGAAGGGGGGGUUCAGCUGCUUGCCCCAUUUGGCACGGGGCUGUGCCAGGCUGUGGUGCAAGGGCUGCUGCUGCAAGAGGCCCUGGGGGAGCUGUGGCACCACUCACUGCCUGCCUGGUGCCAGUUUCUAGCAGGAGUGGGAGAAGGGAGAGCAAAUCAGUGCCCACCUGUGCCAGAAUGGGGGCAGAGUUUCAGGGAGGAGAGAACCUGGGUGAGGAAUGGGUGCUGUAUGUGCACCCCCCUGAGUUGCACCUUACCUGCUCAAAAAUGCUGAGUUAUGGUAGGGAGAGAACCCCAUUAACUCAGACAAGCUCCUGUUGCAAUGGUUUUCUGUAGGGUUUAAUGGUUCAUACUGGCUGAACCCCAGCUCUCUGCGGUGUCCCUAAGCCCCUAGGUGCCCUCCACAGUACAGCAGGAAUCCCAAAUCCCAGCCACACUCACCUGGGGCUCCCAGCUCCCAGCACAGCUUUGAGACUGCAGCAUUGCACCCCACAGCAGAGCCCAGGACUGGGUGUGGGGCAGCACAGCCCACCUGCAGCUCAUUCCUUUCA